AUGAUUCAAACUGUGCGUUUCAAUUCUUCAUCAUCUUUAAGCAGUUUUCUUGUUAAUUGGUCAAGGUCGAGUUCAAGUUCAUGUUCAACAACCAUUCGUUGUUCUUCAAGAAACAAUGCCUAUAUACCGAAGCUGGAGCCAUUCAGCAGAAGCAAAAUUGAUAGAGCUGUUAAAGAACCCCCUUUGAUUCAGAAAUCAGAAACCCAACUCGCAGAUUAUUGUUCAACGCUUGAAGGGGAUGAUUCUUAUAGCUGCUGGAGGGCAUAUUUUGAGCUCAAACAACUUGAAGAAGAGGCCCCAAAGGAGGAGAUAGAGAGACUAAUUAUUGAAGCUGGUGGUGUAAAAUCUCUAGUUGGAUGUGUACAUGGAGUUGCAGCAAUUCACAAAGCAAAGAAGGAAUGCAAGGAGUCGAUGAAACAAUCGACUGCCCAGAAUACAGACACGGUGCCUUGUCCGAUCCCGGAUGGUUUGCCCAAGACAUUAGACGAGCUGGAGGAAGAGGAGAAAGCUAGAAUGCCGGAUUCGCCAUUCACGAGAUUGCUUAGAGCCAGAGGACGAUCCCCAGCUUGGUAUUCACCGGUGCCUGAUCACGAGACAGAUUGA